CGAGUGUGCCGACGUCAUCAAUCAGGAACAGGAACUCCACUGAGUUGCUUAACCAAACUUCUUAUGCGUUGAAGUUACAUCUCGAGCUUCAAACCGAGGAACCGAGCAACCAUGACAUCUUUAAGACUUUUUCUUCUAUUUCUGGCAUUGUGGACUGCUUCUUUUGCCGAGGAAAAUGGCCAUUCGCCGACGCCUGUCACUACUACAUCACCCCCACACAAGACUACUGCCAACAUCACAAUCAGUCCCGAGCUCCAUAAAAACAUCAGCACCACCGCCUCAUCAAAAGUGAAGACAUCCGGCGCGGGCCUCUCUCCGGACGGCGACAUGAUUCAGAGAGCUCUGUAUGUUCUCAUCGGCAUCACGGCCAUCGGAGUUCUUUACUUUUUAGUGAGAGCGGUUCGUAUGAAGAAAUCGACAGGUCAAAGGAGGAAAUAUGGUCUCUUGAGAAACCAAGAUGACACAAUGGAGAUGGGCCAUCUGGAAAGUGAUGAAGAAGACAACACUGUUUUUGAGGCCAGGGCCUUCAGAAGAUGAGUCUCUGGGGAUAUUUAUCGCUUGCAGAAAAAAAAAUGUGAUGAAGACAAUCCGAUUAUUUCCACUGAAAUGGUCGUUGGUGUUGUCUGGUGUUGUCAGUUUCAACAAGGGCUUAGGCAGUAUGGCGGGACGCCUUUUUCCAAGAAUAAAGUGGAAUCUUUAGGUUUACUAUGGACCAAAACUUUUUGUGUGACCAAAUAGAUCUUCUGGGAAAUUACUCUGAAGGUCACAAGGCUAUUUGUUUACGGUGUGGGGUUAUUAGAGGAUCAACAUUUAUUUGGGGAUGUUUGUGCCAAAGCUACUUAUGCAUAACGUAUUAGAGAUUUUGAGGGAUCCUAAACUCCUGGCUGAGUAAAUGGGUGUUAAUAAUUCAUAUUGUAAACAACUGGCCCUGACGUUCAAUUUACAAUCCCUGGAAAGCCUAAAUUUUUUUGGUUAUUUAUGAGACAUUGUUUGGACUUUGUGUAUAUGCUGUUGUUUUAGAUGUUUGAUUGCGUUGAGUAUAAUGUUAUUUUAAAAAAAUAUAUUUUCUUUAAAGUUAAAGAUAUCUUUGUAUUUUCACUUUUUCUUUCUGCUACAAACUGCACUAUACUGGUUGUUGUUGUUGUAUUUUCAUGUCGAUGCCAAAUACCAGCUUAUAUAAAGGUUGCACUUUGAUUUUAGGGUUGCUUUGGUUCUCUCUUAAACCCUUAUCUAGGCAGAAUCUGCCCGGCAAAAUUAUUGACAAUCAUAGCAACACUCCUGACCAAAACAUCAUCCUACCAAUUUUUGUUAUUAGAAUCUAAACUACAUUCCCAUAUAGUUUAUUUAGGUCAAGUAUAUUCCUUUAUGUCAUUCCAUGUGUUAAAUGAGGAUUUAUUUUCAUACAUAAUACAGUUAAUCAUAUGGUUGAGUCGACUGAAGUCUGAGUAUGAAGCUGUGCUCCUCCCAUGAUUUGAGCUGUAUCUUAUGUUGUUUUGUAUUUGUGUGAAGAGCAUUUAAACCUGGUGCCAGAAUUGAGAAAACAUACCGACAUAUCACUUUCACAUCUUGAAAUUGUGUGGCUUGUUCAAAAUGGUGCAUUGGGGACAAGGCUUUCCUAACUAAUAAUUACAUGGAGUGUUUCCUACACAAUACCUGAAAAACUGAUUUUCUGACGCAUGGAGUAUUUCUCUAUAAAUGUAUAAUGUAGAUAAUUCAAAUGACUUCGAGAUGUGCCUUCUAUUGAUCCUUUUUGUAAAUGAAUUUGAACAUGAAUUUGAUUCUUUUGUAAUUAAAACAUCAAAUUAUAUUCUCUA